AUGAUAGGCCCCGUAGCGGCCGCCUGCUACGGUGCUUUGCUGGUAUGCGUCGUACGGUUCCGCUAUGCCUACGCGUACAAUAGGCCGUCCGGCAUCCACCAUACCGAGCUUUCACGACCUCCAGAGUGGCAGGAUGUGGGAUCAAAACAUUCUAGUUUAUCGCAGGUAUCAAGGAAAUGGAGUUGCGGCGCCUCAGCACGUGGAACACGGGACAAUGCUGCAGGGUCACAAAAGCAGUACGUUGAGAAUGACAUCAUAUACACGGAAUUCGAACCGUUGCAUGCGGCCGCAUCCGGGCCGUCACAAUACGAUCUGGCUCUGCAUGAUGCAGCAAAGCACUUCGAGGAGGUGGACUGCUCAGGGGGGCGGGAUUCUUCGCCUCGAUCGAGAGCGCAAUCCACAAGAAUCCCCUACGACGAAAUGCAGUUGGCGUUCUUCCAAGGAGACGAGGUAGUUGGCGAGGUGCUGCGCAAUACUCAGGACGUGCUCAACAUCGCCUGCGACCACGUGACCCAGCUCCACAAGUCGCGGGUAUAUACCGGCUCUGGUGAGGAGUCCAACCGCAACUCGGCGAGUGCUCUGCGUUCGGUGAGAUGCUUGGUUUACUGGAUUGGGGGGCGUAUCCUGAAUUGCGCCAAGCAGGCUAUGGAUCGCUUAGACCGCAGUUCCAAUGCGUCCGCUAGCGAAACUGACCAUAUCCGCCGUAUAAUCGAGAAGCAAAUCAGGAACUUUGCUCAUGAAACCAUGCAUCAAUGGGAAUCUGCAAUUGAAGUGAACGAGGCUGCAUUAGGCCCCCCGAAGUUUCAUGAUAUUAGGCAGAGUCGAUCACCCGAGGAGCACGUCGCCAGGCUGUGGGACUACCUCAACGUUGCGGCCUUUGGCGGCAUGCUACCCGAGUUCGUCGACAUCAACUUCAGUUGGUACGACCUUGUCAACAGCGACGGCACCGUGAUUCCGGCAGAGCACGGUGAGCUUUUCCGUUACACGCGGAAGGACAACAUCGCCCUUCCUGGCAUUGCUUACCCCAGGGAACUCGCCGAUCGAGAAGCGGCUCUGGGCAACUGCGUUUUCAGGUCGAUGCUGAAGUUGCAUUGCGAUAUAUAUGGUCCCAAAUUCGGAGGCGACAACUACGCGACGGUGGCAUUGGCAGCAUGCCAGUUUGUGGAGUCGGAGGCAGCUCGGGGUGCCCGCCUCGGCUUCAGUUGCGUACAGGCCGAUUUGAUAGCUUACGACGCGACUUUGAGGCACUUGCUGCCCCAUCUGAAUUCAUGUGACCCGCUACGCAACGCGGAUGCUGAGGUCAACGAUUCAGACGAGCUGUACCUGGGCAUCGACCGUCUGCCGUUCAUCACCAAUAGACUGCAGUUCGCUCAUCUCAAAGCAGUUGUAAAGGAUCUGGAAACAUCGCUGGAUAUAUUUGACAGGUCUUUUAGACCGCGAGGCCAGGCGUCACGGGACCUGGUAACGGAUGACGUGAAACGAAUCGCCGCAGACAUUGCACUGUCAAAUGGCAGUAGCGGAACUAUGGCCGGUGUUAAGAGGUCGGCAGGUGAUGAAUUAAUGUCAAAUGCAGUUGAGACGUCUGAACAAGGAGCAUCAGACGAGAAGGUUAAUGGCAGCUCCGGAGGAGGCCACGUUGACAGAGCACGGCCGGACCACGAAUGGGAUGACGACCUAGAUGCCAUCUGGAGUCACGAUUCCGAGGGAAACCUGAUAUUGCCGAUUGAAGAGUUACAGCGCAGCCUGCUAUUCGGAGAUUUGGAAAAAUUCGGGAACUUGCUCUCACUUGGAAUGAACGAUCUCAUGAAAUUAAAGCCCGUGCAGCUCAACAGUAUCCAGAACAAGGUCGUCGCAAUAUGCUUGGAUACACUGAAUUACAUACGCUCGGUGGACACCUACGCGAUCAACUAUUCUCUGGCUCCUGAAGAUCUGGCAAGAGAGAAGCCAACUGGUCUCGUUCACCAGGCCAACAUGGGCGUGAUCCAGUGCAUCCUGUUCCUAUACAAGCUGGUUGGCCGAUGCUUGACCCACAGCGGGCUGUUCCCGUUGGACAACGCCUUUUUGAGGGUAAGGCCAUUGGAGCUGCUGGUACGUGAGGCCAACCCUCCGUCAACGGGAGGGCAACGCGUGGCGGCGGACCCGGCCAGAUUCGGUGAGGAGACGUUGCACCAAGAACAAAAAAUGAAGCCUGUCCCGUUCCCUCAGGAAUAUAUUAACGAAGCGGUAGCGGCAGACGAUCCCGCGGCUUUGAAGUUCCUCGUCAACUAUUACAAUUUCAACCUCUUCGGAGGCAGGCUUCCCAUUGACAUCGAAGUUGUAUUCGAGCAUACAGCAGUGGACGACUACCUGUCGUCGCAUGACGACUGCGCCGACAUUCUGAAAACGCCAAGAAUCCUGCUAAACCCGUUGAUUAGGAGCAGCAAGCCCCUCGUCGCACGCCUCAUUUUGGAGGAAUGUUACCACCUGUUCCUGAGGUUUGCCUACAGAUACGGCUCCGGUUUCGAAGGGCGUUCAGACGUGCUCCUGACAGAGGUGAUGGCGUCCGAUCUGGCGCACCGUACCAGGCGUCAUAUUGCCAACUGCAUUGAGGGGUCUGGAGAUUGGCCCUUCUUUUUCGACGACAUGCACUACAUGGCUGUUCAGGAGCACACGGGCCUUGAGGAAAUCGUUGACAACAAGCUUCAAUUGCGAAACAGAACGCUAAAUGAUGUUUUUAAGGCUCUUAUGAACACGCCAUCGGACGUUACUCGCACUCUGGAGCUGCUGGUCAAACGGCCUAUGAUGACCGAUUUGUGGGAGCGGCAGGUGCUUCCCUUACGCCACUUCGUAAACGCGUUGCAUGGCGGCAAUUACGACCUCAUAUAUACCAUAUUGGUCAAUCCCAGCUCGGUGGCCGCCAUUUCGCCGCUACCGAUCGGCACUAUCAACGCUAUCGAGAACAAGUUCAAGGACGCAUGUCAUAUUGCCCACUCCCUGGACAACCGCAGGGGGCAAAUCAUGGGGGAAGCGGAGCAGCAGAUAGAGGCGUUGACGAAUUUGGAGUCCAUGAAGAUUGUGGAAUGCGCAUUUGACGAGCUCCGCGAGCACGCAACCAAGCACAGCCUCAUCGUGGCAUCUGACCUCACCCAGGGCAUAACCGCGGCGACCAACAACCUCGCUCGGUGCCAGCCCGAGGAGGUUGACCACACACAGAGCGAUGUGAAUUGCACGGUUAUCAAUCUGAACAGCGCGGGUUUCCCCGAGGUUGUGAGCCGCGUGUCUAGCGACGAUAAGGUGGUUAACAAGUACAUCCAACCGUCCGACGCGAGUGAUACCACGCCGAGCGAAGUCAGCAAAGGAGGCUUGGCUGCUUCCAACAAUGGUAGUGCAACCCCCCCUGAUACGGAAGUUGAUGGUGAAGCGGUUUCAGAGCGUUACCACUUGAAUGACGAAGAAAGGGCCGUGUUUGCCGAGGCAGCUUACAGAUCGUACAACCGCAGACUGUUCAACGAUGUGUUGCCGUCGAACAUGCAAAUCCAAUUCGCCGAUAUAGACGACCUGUCGGUUUUGGAAGACAGCGCCCAUCGCAUAGACGCGCCCACCAUCAAAUUGAACAAGAUGCUAGAUGAUGCCAGACUUAUCUUCCUACAGCUAAUCACGCAGAUGGUCAACAUUGGGUUCACCAGCUCCACUCACAACAUUGAGAUGGACUGUCUGCGGUACUUCGGAGCUUCCUAUCGCAGUGCUUUCAAGCAGCUGCACGUGAAUCAGCAGCAGCUGAUACGAAGCCGGCUGCUUCCGAUAAGCCGUGAGGCUCGUUUGAAAGCGAAAGAAAAGUCUAAGGAUGGCGUCAAUCAGAAGUAUGUGAAAUCGCUUAAGGAAGCGGCCCUGCUCGAUUCGGACGGCAAGAAAACGAACUCGUUACUUGACAUGGAGAUAGACGAGUUCGUGGAUGAAGUUCUAGACGGGCGGGAGAAGGUGCAGCGGUCGAACCACGACGCGUCCCUCUGCAACCCGUUCGAGGAGUACCAGGCGUUGAAGUCGUUCGCGAGGCACUUCAUCAACUGGAAGCAAACGAAGACGAGCUUUGAAGAGGCAGCAGCUUUGGAUGUCAGCGCCUCUAAAGCUGUCAUGGAGGGGGGUGACAAUUUGCUGCCUAUAGUUAACAACCACGUCAUACGUAACGUCUGGGCGAGGUUCAAGUUCGAGCACCUGGAAAAGGUCUUGAAGAAGUCGGGCAUCGAGAUGCCGCUCUCAGCGCCUCUAGACCUCAACUGGCAGCAGCUGCUGAAUGAAGAGCAGCAGUUCAAGAUGAUGAAGUACCUCAGUUUGUCAGCGGAAGACGGCGACUCCAUUUUCACGAUGCUCGUUCGCAGCGGCGCCUGCACCCCAACUGAAGCGUACGCUUUCCUUAUCAAACUGGCGGACCCCUACCUGAAGCUGGAGCCCUAUCCAACCACAGAUUCAAACGAUUCCGGAGAAUAUGCUAGGACCCCAGGGGCAAGAGCCGGCGUUGCAGAAAACACCGCAAACGGGAAUCACGAAGGCAGCGAUGAGGAAUCUCAGGAAGUUGACCCAUUUGGGAACGAGCGUUUCUCCGGGGAGUUGCAGGCGCUGAUGCGCAACAUGGACCUACCGACUGCGGAGACCAUCAAUCUCCUGGUCGAUAAGCUGGUGCACCGCAACUACGCGGACGCGAUGGGCAUCCUGAGCACGCACCCCAAGCGCUCCUACCUCAAGGAGAUGGCGAUCAAAUUCCUCGACGUUAUACGCAACAACGGCGUGCUAGACGAGCGGCAUCAUAUCGAGAUCCUUGAGUUCCUGCGCAACUGA